AUGGACUUCCUUACCGCGGUUCAGUUAACCCCCAAAGAUGCAGAAAUUAGUUCAAUACUUUCGGAGUGUGGCAGUACAGAUCACGGAGAGGAAUUAUUAGCGGAAGACACUGAUAUGGCCUUGCAGAUAUCGGACUUUCCUAUUCAAAUUAGUCGUUUCAUAGAAAAUCAGGAUGAUAAUGGGUUAGAAUACAUAGCUUAUGAGGAAUUUAAUGGGGUAGAAGUGAUUAGUAAGGGAGAAAGUGGAUGCGUAUCAAAGGCUAUUUGGAAGAAAAAAAACGAUGAAGUAUUCGUAGUCGCUUUGAAGAAAAUUUAUUCAUACGAUAACGGGGGAGGUGCCGUAACUGGAGUGCUGAAAGAGCUCGAAGCAUACAAGUACACAAUGGCAGCAGGAAACACGCCUGUACCACCAAUUCUCAAAUACCAUGGUCUUUCCCAAGACCCUGCGACAUCGGACCCACUGAUAGUACAAGAGUAUGCUAACUAUGGCAAUUUAUGGACUUACCUACAACGACACUUUGAUCAACUCACAUGGUCAGCAAAGAUCAAGCGUCUCCAACGCAUAACUGAAUGUCUGAAAGCAAUACACGAAUUAGGUCUUGUACAUGGAAACCUGCAUAGUGGUAAUAUUCUUGUCCAUAAGGACAAUACAUACAUUGCUGAUCUCGGUGCCAGUAAAGACGAUGGUGUGAUUUAUGGAGUACUGCCUUAUGUUGCCCCCGAGAUAUUUAUGAGUGGAACGUAUAGUAUGGCGGCUGAUUUGUAUUGUUUUGGUAUUAUUAUGUGGGAAAUGGCAACUGGGGAAAGACCGAUCGCAGACCGAGCUCACGAUAUUGAAUUGGCCUAUGAUAUAUGUAAUGGAUUACGGCCGGCUUUACCCGAUCAUGUGCCCGCCUGCUAUGCAGACUUGAUGAUGCAAUGUUGGGACAGUGAUCCUAAAAAUAGACCUAUCGCUGCUUCCGCGUACAAUACACUAGGUUCAUGGAUAGCAGAUGGAAAGUAUAUUGAAGAAUUGAAUGCUGCCGAAGGAAGGAAGUCUACUAUCAGAAAAGAGCAAAAAACUAUUCAUCCCGAAGCCAUUUACGUGAGCAAAUCACUUAAUUCUUUGAUUGAAUUAACAUGUCAAAAGUACAACUUGGAUCAAGAAUCGCAGCUUAAUGAAGUUGAGGCUGAGGAAAGAGCUGACGAACACGAGUAUAAUUCGGAUCACGAGUUGCAGAUUAAUAUUGAAGAUGAAGAACAUGCCGGUGAACACAAGUAA